AUGGCCUCAGUCAAGUUCUUCGCUGUGGUGGCCGCGGCCCUUCUCCUCUCCUCCUCCCUUCUCGUCUCCGCCCAGCUGCCUGGUAAUCCUCCCUUCUGUCUCCCAUGAAAACAGAACGAGGCACGCUCCCCUCUUCUCCUUCUUUAAUCAUCAUGUUCUUCUCCAUCAUCAUCUUCUUCUUCUUCUUCUCCGUGGCAGGUGAGGCGGCGGUGCCACCAGCGGCGGCGGUGAGGGCGGUGGGGGAUCCGGGAGACGAGGACUGCGUGUUCGCGGGGCCGUGUAGGACGAGGCUGGACUGCGCGAGGCCAUGCAAGGCGUUGGGGCACUCGCCGACUGCCGUCCUCUGCGAGCCCUACAUCGGCGGCUUGACCUGCUGCUGCCUUCUCUGACUGGUCUCGCCUCACCUCUGGUGGCUUGGCUUGCUGGCUGUCUGCCCUAAAUAAUCGAGCGUAGGAUGAUGAACAACGCUUUCUCCUUCAUUAUUGUUGUCCAUGCUUUACUUCCCAGAAAUCACGUUUGAGUGACACCGUUUCUUCUCUCUCUCUCUCUCUCUCUACAUCGAGAGCGAGAGAGCGAGCGAGCGAGCGAGAGAGAGAGAGAGAGAGAGAGAGAGACGGCAGCCACUCUCAGGGCAAGUGGAGGCCAAAAACGGAAGGAACCAACCCCUGGGCAACGGAGGACAAUGGCUCAAUAACAAGAUAA